GUCCCAUCAUGAUGCAACGUGCCAAGAUUUAUGAAUGCAUCGCCCUUGAAGCUUGAAGGACCUUGGUUGCGAGACACGUCUUAAUCACCCACAUAUGCCCAACUUGCGUAUGAAGAUGUUUGCCAAUUUGAUACACCUUGUUGUCUGGGAAGCAACCUCGUUUCGUGUCUGAGAGAGGCAGCUUGACACCCACGCCGUUGUCGAUUCCAGUCCGUGGAAGACAUAGUAGCGGCGAGAGAUGGAUUCUUUUUCUGAGUCCAGCGUCGUGAAUCUUCACGGAUCGAAAUCUAGUCAACUAAUGCUCAAAAACUCUGCGACAAUGCGAGUACGCACCUUUUCUUCGCUUUCAGAUCUCAGAGGACACUAGUGGUCUGUAUGGCUGAUGCUUUGCAUUGCAGUCGCAGACGACCGGCGAAACAAUUCGCUUGGUUAAGUAUGUAUCGCGGGACGGAACAUGUUUUGGCGGAUUUAAACCUGUACGCUCACUAUCAAUAUCUCCUGGUCGAGACCAGGUUCACACACAGAAACUGCCUGAGAAUGCUCUCUGGCCAGACCGCAGUACUGAGCAGUCUGUGACAGGCUUGAACCUAUUCCCACCACGUGUUGGUGGGGUCGAUCGCGUCUCGAUCGCGUCUCAAUACUAGAGCGUGGCGUCACGGUCCGGAAUCUCUCAUCCUCCUGCCGAUUAUUCACCGAUGCUGCGAGCCAGAACAUUCGAUGGUCCGGACAGAGACGACCUCCCCCUUUUUCUCGGUCUUGAUUUGUCUACUCAGGGACUCAAAGCCGUCCUCGUCACUGAGGAAAGCAAUGUAGUCCAUGAAUCCGCUGUACGUUUUGAUCAGGAUCUACCCCACUAUGGUACAAUCAAUGGUGCCAUCAUUGGCCCCGGAGAGGGCGAAGUCACCUCCCCCGUGAAGAUGUGGCUUGAAGCCUUCGACCUCAUCAUGACUAGAAUGAAGGCUGCAGGCGUCGACUUCAGUCGCAUCCUUGGCAUCUCCGGUGACGGACAGCAACAUGGCUCCGUUUUCUGGUCUGCAGAAGCAGAGACAUUACUUUCCAACCUCGAUUCCUCAAAAUCUCUCGCUGAACAACUUGCGCCCAUUGCCUUUACAUUACAAAAGUCUCCAAUUUGGCAGGACUCCUCGACCACGCGCGAAUGUCGUGAGAUCGAGGAGGCAGUUGGGGGACCCCAAGCUUUGGCAGACCUUACCGGAAGCCGUGCCUACGAACGGUUUACGGGAACUCAGAUUCGCAAGAUUCGUCGCAUUGAUCCGGAACGUUACAAUGCUACUUCUCGGAUAUCGUUGGUGUCUUCUUUCAUGCCAUCUGUCUUUCUCGGUACGGUUGCGCCGAUAGAGAUAUCGGACGCAAGUGGUAUGAAUCUUAUGGACGUUCUCACUUACAAGUGGGAUGACAAACUGUUGAACUUUUGCGGCGGCCCGGAACUGCGUAGCAAGCUGGGUCCCGAACCUGUCCCGGGUGGUACCGUCCUGGGUAGGAUUAGCCCUUGGUGGGUACAACGGUGGCAAUUCAACCCUGGAUGUGUGAUUGCGCCAUUCACUGGCGACAAUCCGGCCACUGUUAUCGCUCUAUCUGCGCCGGGAGAUGCCAUCCUCUCCCUUGGCACGUCCACCACUCUAUUGCUCUCUAUUCCUCCUACCGAUACCCCUCCGAAACGCUUUACGUCAUCGCAUCUGCUUUCUCAUCCUACAACCUAUGACGCACACAUUGCCAUGCUUUGUUACAAGAAUGGCGCUCUCGCAAGGGAACAAGUUCGGAACAAAUAUGCCAACGGUGACUGGUCGAAGUUCAAUGAGCUUGUGGAACAGUCGCCUGCUGGGAACGGUGGUCUGCUGGGUUACUACUUCCCAUUACCAGAGAUCAUCCCUCCUAAUGUCAUUGGCAGCCACUUCUUCCUCGCUUCGGAAGAUGAAAGGACCAUCAAGCGUCUGUUUGAAGAGGAAGUCUCGUCGACUGCCCAUCCUCGUGCUAUUCUCGAAUCACAGUUCCUCUCUAUUCGUUCCCGAAUCGAGGCUAUCCUACCGGAGCAUGCACCACCCCUCCAGCGUCUGGUUGUCUGCGGCGGCUCUUCUGCCAAUCCCGUCAUCCGUCAAUUAGCCGCGGACGUGUUCGGUAUGCGAGUCUUCGUCGCUGGGAAGGAAGGUGCUGCCGAAGGAGGUGCUCAGCUUGCUCGUUACGCUUGGUGGCGAGAACAGAACGGUGGAAAGGGUACCUUUGAGGAAAUGCGUGCCCUCGACGGUGUAGAGGAGAGGAUGAAAUGUGUUGCUGAGCCUCGACUGGAGAACGUCAAAAUCUACGCCUCACUUGUUGAUCCAUACCGGGAAGGAGAACAGCGCGUCGUUGAGAUGUGUCGACCACGCGCAGGCUAAGGCCUAAAAUCUGGACUAUAUUGGUUUUCCUUUUCGUUACUUCGCGGGACUAUGUUAUUUGGACCUGUUUUUCUGGAAGGACGUUUGUAACUGUAGAUGAUAUCGUGUUGAAACCCACUUAGUCGCUAUCUCUCUAAGCAAUAUCAUGAAUCUGUAUCCUGCUUCUCGACAUACAGUGCUUGAUUGUGGCAGGAAAUCACUAUCUACCAAAGCGGUUCUCCUGCUUGUCGAGGAUGCAUGGCGCAUUGCCAUAAGUAUGGUAGUAAGGAACGUAAGCCUCCGAGUCGUUAGAUGACGUUUGAGAGCGGGCUGUUUGAAAACCGUAUUUCGUGUCU